ACCACAUCCUGACUACACACACACACACACACACACACCAACACACACCAACACACACAGUCAGAGUGAGUGUCAGUCGGAGUCUGUGAUGUUUCAGAUUCAUAUGACGACACCGUCCUGAUAACAGCCCCAACAACCAUGCACAUAAACACACCGACACGCAGCGUUACCAGGUGUGUUCGUGCGUGACAACAUGUCUGACUUAUGGACAUUCUCCUCGUCUGCUACUCCUCCCAUAAUGCAUCACUCCACCCUGCCCUCGCUCUCGUCAUUCAGGAACCAUGGAAACCAUUCUCAUUCUAAGGUAACCUCCCCACAUCACCUCCCUCCUCCUCAGGUAACCUCCCCACAUCACCUCCCUCCUCCUCAGGUAACCUCCCCACACCACCUCCCUCCUCCCCAGGUAACCUCCCCACACCACCUCCCUCCUCCUCAGGUAACCUCCCCUCAUCACCUCCCUCCUCCCCAGGUAACCUCCCCACACCACCUCCCUCCUCCUCAGGUAACCUCCCCUCAUCACCUCCCUCCUCCUCAGGUAACCUCCCCUCAUCACCUCCCUCCUCCUCAGGUAUCUUCCCCUCACUUCUUUCCUCAGGCCCAGGUAACCUCCCCUCACCUCACUCAUCCCCAGAUCUCCUCCCCUCUCCACCUCCCCCAUUCUCAAGUAACCUCCCCUCACUAUGUACCCCAGUCCCAGACGACCCCCUCUUACCCCCCCCAUCAGGCCCAGGUCACCACCUCUCACCACCUCCCUUACUCCCAGAUGACCUCCCCUCAUGUCCUCACCCCGCCCCAGCACCACGUCUCCAGCCAAAACCACGAUCCAGGUUUACUAAACUGGGACAAACCUGUACCCCCGUCCGAACUCUCGUGCCUGUUCAACAGCUACAGUUACCCAUACCAGAACCAGACCACAGCACACCUCGAUCUCCAUCUCCUGAACCAGAACCAGAACCAGUUCAGUACUGGUGUGACUCACCAUGGGGAUGAAUUGGAGGACGCUCACACACUCCUUGUCGGUGGUGUGUAUGGACAUGCUGACACACCUGGUCCAGAUCACGAUACCUGGGGGUCUCUGGAGGCGACUCUGUCCCAGACUCAGUGCUCUCCUCUGGGCUCCAUGUCUGGGGGGAUUGCCCUGGGGAAGUGGAGCUCCAUGGAGUUCAGCUCAUCAUCCACUGAAGACUUCUCCAACACCCAGUUUUUCCCUGACAGCUACCACGAUGGUAACACCCAGCAGUCCUUCUGUAGUCCCACCACCCCUGGUCCAAGUCCUCAUUACCCACAAACCCCAGCCAUCUCCAGCCCUGGUCCUCAAAUACAUCCCAGGAAAGACAGAUUUGGUUUUCACAUGCAAACGUCCACACAGCUGAGCAGAGAUCAAACCCUCAGCUGCUGUCUGCACGAGUCUGAAACUUACCCUCUGAGCUCCAAUGCCGGUCAGCAACCCCAACAUCAAACAAGCCAAUGCCUUCCCCCGAGCCAAACUGAGCCGAUCCAGGACCAGACGGGCCUCUUCGACACCACAAGGUCCUCAGAGACCGGUUUUUCUCCACAGGGAGGAGGCCAGAAUGUCGGCAGUACCGCCCAGUCUCCGAGCCUCCCUGCUGGGCUGAUCUGGAGAGAGGAGAGUGGAGGAAGAGGAAGAGGUACAGGAGGAAGAGGAGGAGGGAGAGGAGAGGGUCAACAAGACUGGAACUGGAUACAAAGGCUACAACCUGAAAACAGCACAAAGGUUGUGGACUGCAGGCUGCUGUGUACAGUGUGCAAGCGUGAUUUCAGGAGUCUGCCGGCGCUGAAUGGUCAUAUGCGCUCACACAGCGGCUUCAGGUCGGCUUCAUGGAUCAAGAAGGGUGAGGACUCCUCUCUGCCCGUCCAACCCUCGGCCUCCAUGGUGAUGCCAGUUUCUGUGCCUGUCCAGACCAGGGGCGUAUCUAAGAGUGGACAGAAGAGAUGCAGUCGCCUCUCUCCGGCCACCAGGGGCGCUGUGCUCUACCGCAGCCUGAUGCACCAGGAAGAAGAGGAGGCGGUUGCUGCUGCUGUUGCUGGUGGAGGUGGUGGUGAUGGUGAAGCAGUUAUCAGCGGUGAUGGAGCGGUUGAUGGUGGCAGAGGUCACUACACCCCUCCACCCAUGCUGUGUCCCCUCAGGGUGGGGCCAGGGCUGUACUGCUCCCUCAACACCAGGAGGCAGCAGAGAGUACAAACUGUGCAGCUUCACAACACAUACAAUGGACUCAAAGACCUUGUUGCCAUGGAGACACUAACAUCAGGAAUCAAUAAGCCGAGGAUCAAUGUAGGGCGGGGCUUCCAGGCUGAAAUCCCGCCCCUUUGUGACCAUAAAUACACCCACUCUGACUCCCAGAAUGCACUGCUGCUGUGGACGCCCUGGGACGAGCUGGAGAAACCUGUCAAUCAACAGAGAGUCGAGGCUCUGGUGAUGAUGGCUCGAUCCAGUGUGGUGCCAGGGGGCGGGGCCAGCCCAGAGUACGUCCUCCACGUCCUAUCAGAGUGCAGAGGAGACUUCCUGCUGACGGUGGAGAAGCUUCUUUCAACCGCUGAAACCUCCAACAACAACCACACAGGUCUCAGUUGGAGUGCAGCCGAGACGAGGAUGCUGGUUAAAUCCCUGCAGCUCCACCAUAAAGAUUUCAGCAGUGUCCAGAGAGCUGUUCAGACCAAGUCCCUUUCCCAGUGUGUGGAGUUUUAUUAUCUCUGGAAGAAGAAACUGAACCUGAAUGUGAGGACCCCGCCUGGGUUGACCGUUACUCUGCCCAACGCAAAUGGUCAGAGGUCAUCAAGAUCUCACAAUGCAUCAUGAACUCAGGACUGGACUGGAGCUACACACUACUUGCUGGCACACACGAACACACACAGACAAACAAACAGGUUUUAUUAUUAAGGUUAAAACAGCAAAAACUGUGAGUUUACUUACAAGUUUAGUGCUUAAAUCCUUAAACCAGUUCUUUUAAAUAAUGUUUAACAUAAUCACAUAUAUCGCACAUCUAUUUAUUCCCAGUUUGCUUUCUUGAUAUCUGAAGCCAUGUUGUUGCAUUAUUAAAAACUUAUUUAGAUGAACUGAACAUUAAAGGAAAACUGCACCAAUAA